AUUAUUGUUUGCAAAAGGUGUUUGGUAAAUCUUAACAAGCAAGUUUCGCCAUUUCGGCAUUUCCUAUUCUUCUUCUUCCUCUGUUCUCCAUUGCUGCUUACACACUUGCGUCCACAAUUCUACUACUCAAACCUACAUGAAGAUGGAAGCUAAAGUUGAAAGAUUGUUCAACAAAGUCGGCACGUUUUUCAAAGGCACGGAUAAGCUUCCCUGGUGUGAUUCUGAUAUCGUUGCUGGCUGUGAGAAUGAUGUUGCCGAGGCUGAGAAAGGUUCUUCUGAUGAAAUUAGAAGGGAAUGCAUUAUGAAGCUAUCAUGGGCUCUUGUUCAUUCGAGUCGUCCAGAAAAUGUUCAGCGUGGCAUUGCAAUGCUAGAGGCUUCUCUGGUCGGAAAUAACAGCCCACUUCAAAUAAGAGAGAACAUGUAUCUUCUAGCUGUUGGAUAUUACAGAAGUGGUGAUUAUUCUAGGAGCAGGCAACUUGUUGGUCGUUGUCUGGAGAUUGCACCGGAUUGGGGACAAGCUUUAAACCUUAAAAGCGCUAUCGAAGAACGUAUCACAAAAGAUGGAGUGAUAGGCGUAGGAAUUGCUGUAACUGCUGUCGGACUUGUUGCUGGUGGUAUUGCUGCAGCACUUUCGCGUAAGAAAUGAUUCAGCAAUUGUAAACAUGAGUGCAUCAAUACCCAUGAUCAAUAGUACAUAGACGGCGACACUAAAUCCAUCGAUGUACUUUAAGUGAAAACAAACCAUUUACAAUUUGGACUACAAUUAAUAUGAUAUAAGCUGUGUACAAAGUUUUUGUUCAUAUUUUUUGUGUACCAAGUUUCUCUUGAUGUUGUUUGUACUUGUAAUUAUUCACAGUGUUUUUGUUUUGUAAUGCAUAAGUAUAUUUAUACUAAUGCAGGGCUUCAGUUUGAUAA